AUCAUCAGUCAGGCUCACUCGGGGAAUGUACAUUGGCUGCCCUACGAAGUUUUCUGCAACAAAUGUACGGUUUAUUCAGAGAUUGAGACAACGGUGUACACUUCUGUUGUGAAGUAAAGGGAGACCGGAUGAAAACAUAACGGUUGGUGUCCUACAUCUGAACAUCUGCAUCCCAUCACUGUGCUGUCAACCAGGGACGGACCACACCACAGAAUUCCACACCUCCUACCAACCUCCAGCCAUGAUUUCCUAGCCAACAGCGGCCAAGCCCCCUUCCCCUAAACCAUCCUGUCCCUCUUUCCAUCCUCCACCCUCUCCAUGUCCUUCAUCUCUCCUGAUGUGCUGCUCUCUGGUCGUACCAUCAGCAUCCCUUCUGUGGUGAUGAGCAUCAUGCACCAGCAGCAUCAUGGCAGCACGGGCUCAGAGCGAGACCUUCACUCUGUGGCCUCCUCUGUCAGCCUCCCUUCAGUUAGAAAGACCCCCAAAAAGCGCCGCCUGUCCCUCCACGCACUCUUCAGUCGCCGCAGACGACCCGACCGCGACCCCAAGCGCAAGUCGAGGCAUCUGCAGACGGCAGCUGCUGCUGCUGCGGAGGCUGUUGUCGUCGCAGAGAGCGUCCCAGCUGAGACUGUCCAUGAAAAGACGUCCUCCCUCUCGGCGCUGGCCGCGGUGUCCACUUCUUCGGUGUCAGGUUCUUCGUCAGACACGCUGGAGUGCCCUCUGUGCCUCCUGCGCCACGCGCGAGAGCAAUUCCCCGACAUCAUGACCUGUCACCACCGCUCCUGCGCAGACUGCCUGCGACAGUAUCUGCGCAUCGAGAUAUCUGAGUCACGUGUCAACAUCUGCUGCCCCGAGUGCACGGAGCGCUUCAAUCCCCACGACAUCCAGCUGAUCCUGGGGGACCGCGCCCUCAUGGAGAAGUACGAGGAGUUCAUGCUGAGGAGGUUUCUGGUGGCUGAGCCGGACUGCCGCUGGUGCCCGGCCCCCGACUGUGGUUAUGCAGUCAUUGCGUUCGGCUGUGCCAGCUGCCCAAAGAUCACCUGUGGGCGUGAGGGCUGCGGGACGGAGUUCUGCUACCACUGCAAGCAGCUGUGGCAUCCCAACCAGACAUGUGACUCCGCACGGCAGCAACGAGCCCAAAGCCUGCGGUUGAGAACGUUCAGGUCCUCCUCCCUCAGCUACAGCCAGGAGAGUGGAGCCGCAGGGGAUGACAUCAAGCCGUGCCCUCGCUGUGCCGCCUACAUCAUCAAGAUGAAUGAUGGGAGCUGUAAUCACAUGACCUGCGCUGUCUGCGGCUGCGAGUUCUGCUGGCUCUGCAUGAAGGAGAUCUCUGAUUUACACUAUUUAAGUCCGUCAGGCUGCACCUUCUGGGGGAAGAAGCCGUGGAGCAGGAAGAAGAAGAUCCUCUGGCAGCUCGGCACGUUGGUCGGCGCCCCCGUGGGCAUCGCCCUCAUCGCCGGCAUCGCCAUCCCCGCCAUGAUCAUUGGCAUCCCAGUCUACGUGGGCAGAAAGAUCCAUAACCGCUAUGAGGGCAAAGACAUCUCUAAACACAAGAGGAACUUGGUAAUUGCUGGCGGGGUGACGCUGUCUGUGAUCGUGUCUCCUGUAGUUGCAGCAGUCACUGUCGGCAUUGGUGUCCCCAUCAUGCUGGCGUACGUCUACGGAGUUGUCCCGAUCUCCCUGUGCCGGAGCGGAGGCUGUGGAGUGUCUGCUGGGAACGGCAAAGGGGUGCGAAUCGAGUUCGAUGACGAAAAUGACAACAUAGGGAGCGGGGCUGCAGCCACAGACACAACCUCAGUGGCAGAGACUCGGCUCAACAAUCCCAGCCUGGGAGAUGGAGCGAGUGUCGGCGGCCUGACGGGGCUCAGUGUCAGCGGGAGCCACAUGGAGCGCUGCGGCAUGAGCUCCACGCAGCGAGACAACAUGAGCGACAACGCCAGCACCACGGCCCUCGCUGGGACCAGCAUCACAGGAAGCCUCUCUGGCAGCUGCUACAACAGGAUGGAAGUGCAGGCUGAUGUCCAGAAGGAGCGCUGCAGUCUGAGCGGUGAGUCGGCCACCGUCAGUCUCGGGACAAUCAGUGACAACGCCAGCACAAAAGCCAUGGCGGGAUCCAUCCUCAGUGCCUAUAUGCCUCUGGAAAGAGACAACAGUCUGGAUGCUCAGGCAGACAUAGAGUCCAAACAGCAGAAGCUGAGGCACUGCAGCGUCAGCAGCAGCCUGGAUGAAGCCAGCUGCAGCAGCACCCCCGGCCUCAAAGGUGCUGCGGGUGGUCCCUGCUCCUGCCCCUCCACCAGCUGCUGCGCGCAGCACGAGAACCACUGCUGCCCCUCGUCCCCCUGGUCAAAGGAAGCUUCCACAUCAGGAGGCAAGAAGAGCCGAGUAAAGCUUUGGAAACGAGCCAGCAGCAGCAGCAGCAGCAGAGGAGACAUGAAGAUAAACGAGACGCGGGCGGACAUGGACGCCCAGCUCCUGGAGCAGCGCAGCACCAACUCCUCAGAGUUUGAUUCUCCGUCUCUGAGCGGCAGCCUGCCCUCCGUGGCCGACUCGCACUGCAGCCACUUCUCAUCAGAGCUCAGCUGCUCCGACCCUGAAACCUCAAGACCGGCUCAUGCCCCCUGCUCCGCCCCUACGGACCCCCGCUCUCAUCACCACGCCACCACCUUCAGUGACGUCACCAUCGCACCCAUGCCCGAGGUGGAGAACGACCGCCUGGAGCAUUAUCUCCCUCACAGCAGCAGCGCAGCCUUCACCCACCGCCUGCUGUCCUCAUCCCCCCCUGCCUCGCCGAAAGAGGGGAGCAGCGGGAUGUUUCUGUACAUCAGUGAGGAGGGGGGAGGCGCCUGCGCAGACUCGGAGCCGGAGAAGGACAAGAAAAUAAAAGAGAGCGUCAAGAACACUGCCGUGCAGCCUGUAAGCCCUACAAGGACCCGCAGUAUACAAACAGAGAUCUAAAGGAUGUUCUUCAGGUGUAAGCGGUGUUACCACUUCCCCACCAUGCAUUCUGGGAAGCCUUUGGCUUAAAUGUAAGCCAAUAUGUUUAAGGUUAAUUCUAUUUUUACUUGCUGAAGAGGCAGCCAGGAAUAUUAUGUGAUUGUCAGUCUAUACUGAGAGGGUCGAGGUCUACGUUGGAGAGAGAUUUGUGAAAACGGGAGCAGGUCAAACAGAUCAGUGGUUUCUGUUCUGUCACUGAAGACAGAGGUUUUAGUGAAGGUGUCUAGUGGGGGAGCUGAAUGUAUGUGGACAGGUUGUAAAGUAGGUUGUUAAUGUUUUCAUCAGAGUCUGACUCCUGAAUGAUGUUCUGAAUCCAAGCUCCAUGCAGAUCUUAUUCUUUUACAAAAAAAGCAGAUCCUGGAAAUGUCUGAUAUUCUUUGAUUAGUAAAUUGAGCUGCUAUUUGAAAGCCUGAACCCAUCCUCCCGUGUGUCAUCGGCACAAAUGUGUUUUGCAUGAAUCAGGGAUGGAUAUGUGAUGGUCACUGUGGUCCACCGCUGUGCCGCCACUUCAUUCUGUGACUUCUUAAAACAGUCUAAAAAAAACAGCUAAAGGAUUGUUGAACCUAAGAGGGACCAGUCCAUUCAGUAGCACAUUUUAUUUUUCCAUAAUCAUCUAUAAGACGAUUUGCUUUUCUUUCAAAUGUGACUCCUGUAUUUUUUUUUUCUGUGCUUUUGUCUUUGCCUAUUUUUAUUUUCCAUUUUGGGAAAGUCUGUUUUAAUGUUGAAACCCUGUUUUGGGUCCAAACCUUGAGUAUGACCGGAUGGGAAUUGUGUUGAUGAGUUUAAAGUAGCCAUUUUAAAAUAAUGUGGAUUUAAGACUGUCCUUCACAAACCUCUGUCUGCACUGUUAAAUGUUUAUUAGUGGUUUGCACGUGUGCAAGUCUUCACUGCAGUAUUUAGUAUACCAUGGAUUUAUGAGAGCUAUAUUAAAGAAAGGGAAUUUUAAAGAGAACUAAGGAAAGCCCAAUUUCAAAAAUAUAACAAUGUAGCCUUUUUUAAAAUACUUUAACUUGUUUUAGUGAUCCGUCAUUAAAACUGGAAAGUCAACCAAACAAUGUUUUUGCAAUAAGGAAAUUAAGCUUUUGAAUAACUAAUCAACAGUGUAACUAUAUAACAGCUCUGAUGUACUGAGUAUUUGAGCACACACAUCUGUCAGUGGUUUCAUGUUCAGUAGUGAAUGUAUGAUGAUAAUAGGAUUACAUUUUUGAUUCUCCCUCGGUAAAAUCAACAUCAAAAUAUAAUUUUUGAUUCAGAGCCUUGAGUGUAUUUUAACUACAAUGUGUUAAGUUGUCUUUCUUAAAUCAUUGCAAAUGAAAAAUGCAAAUAAUUUUAUAUUUGUUGGACCCACAGUGCCUUUUGGAGAAGAAAAAUCCUUUGUACAGUGUUUUUACUUUCUUUUUAUUUCCUCAUAUAUGUCUUCAAAUGAUAAACAUAAAAAUCCUGAGAGAAUUUAUCGUAUUUUCCCUCAUAAAAUGCUCGAAAUGUAACUUGAUACGAAGUACUGCCCCUACCCUGAGUGCUAACGCUAGCUGUCACACUAGCAUGCUUAGCUGACCAAAGACUCGGGCCAUUAACCGGGUUUUGGACCAGUCAUUUAAAACUAACGUCCAAAAUGUGUGUUUUAGAAAUAAUAUUUUUAAAAUGUUACCCUAAAGUAGCCAAAGUCAGUUCACCUGUGUUUAUAAUCAGCUCCUGUUGGAAAUAAAAGCCUGUUUAUCCAAAGCAAUGAGCAUUUUGAGUAUCAGAUGUUGUUGUGAAUUGUCAUCCUCACUACAGAUUACUUUGCUCUGAUGUCAACCUGCCGAGCUCAGCAGGAGCUGUGUGGGAGGAAAGAGUCGCUCAUAGAGAAGUGGUGUCAACUCAAACAGUGUUGGUGCACCUCAAAAGCCUCCAGCUGCAGGAUAUUCCAGCCCUGUUAAUGCCCCUGUGUUAAAUAAAAAAGCCAGUUAAGUUUCUGUGAGUUUUAUAUUAUUAUUUGCCAGUCUAUUUCUGACUUGGUCAAAAGAAAACUCCUAUUUGAUAAAGUAUAUAUUCCCUAACUAAUUGCUUUAUAAUGUGCAUGUUAAUGCAUAUCCUUACAGAAUAAAAAUCUCAAUCAAG